CUAACAACACCUUCAGGCACUUAAUAAUAGUCAUGGCUGACAGAAAACUUCGACCUUUGUAUGAGGCCAUCGAUGAGGGUCAUAGUAAAGAAGCCUUGCAGCUAGCCAACAAGAUUCUCAAAAAGACACCUGAUUUCGUAUUGGUCAAGGCACUUAAAGCUCUUGCUCUUGUCAGAAGUGGGAAGGAGGACGAGGCUAGUGACCUGUGCGCUCAAGUUAAGGCUGCACAACCUAUCGAUGAGCCUACGCUUCAAGCCGCUACCAUGGCAUACAAAGAAAUCGGGCAGCAUGAUCAGAUCGUACACCUGUAUGAAGCAGCAGCAAAAUUACAGCCUAACAACGAAGAAUUUGCUAACCACUGGUUCAUGGCUAUGGUGCGAGGAAAGGAUCUCAAGGGUCAACAGCAAGCAGCCCUCAAACUUCACAAAUCAUUUAAGAAUAACAAAUACUUGUUUUGGGCAAUCAUGUCUUUAGCACUUCAAGGCGAGGCUGCCAAGGGUACUACACCAAACCUUUCGUAUACGCUGGCAGAGCGUAUGAUGAGCAAGGCUUUGGAAGAAGGCAAAGUAAAGCAGACAGAAGAGAUUCGUCUGUAUCUUUUAAUCCUCAUUGGCCAAGGCAAGCGAAAGGAAGCACUUGUAUUGCUUGACAGUGACAUCGGACAAAAAUGUUUGUUAGAUCCAGAAGUGCGCCAAAUUUACGUGGAGCUAAUGACUGAAACGAACGAAUGGACUCGCGCUUUUGAAGUGAGCAGAAAAGUUUUGUCAGAACAAAACUCUGAUGAUUGGAUCAGCUGGAAAACCUACUUUGAUGCCCUUUUUAAGCAAAUUGCUGAGGAUCCAGAGAGUGAGCAGAGAAAACUUGAGGAGGCUAAGGCUCUCAUCGAGUCUACCAAGAAAUCUGCAUUAGAAGCAUCCAUUAUGAAGCGAGGUCCUUUCAUGGCAGAACUUGAAUUAGAUUUGAGACUGAAGCAAGAUAGCAAAAUAGACGGCGCAACAAUGCUGGAACAUAUCAAGGCUUAUUUUGAUCGGUUUGGUACCAAGCCGUGUUGCUUUGAGGAUCUACAGCCCUAUGUCAAUGCUGUUUUGGACGACACCGAAGAAAUUUCCAGCUUUAUCAAUGACAUACGAUCACUGGUUCAUCUUGAAACAGAAGAUACUGGCGUGAAAAUUAGAAAUAUCCAAAAGGAUAUCAAUGUAUAUAAGCUGGAGCACUAUCUGAAUACAAGUGGUAGUGAAACAGAGCAGGAUGCGGUUAAAAAGGUUACAGAGUUAUGGGCAGCUUACAACAACGCUUUGCCGCUAGGCAAAACAUUGGAAAAAACUGAACGGCAAUAUGGAGAUGACUAUGUAGUGCUAGCAUCACACAUCCUACUCAAAGUAUAUAGAGAGACCAAGGACAUGGCCUUCAUCCUACAUGCUCUUGUGUUGUUAGAAGGUGCACUUGCGAAAAGCGUUUACAACUUUCAAUUCAAGAUGUUAUUAAUCCGUCUUUAUCUGAUCAUUGGUUCCUUCGAUCAAGCACACCGUAUCUUUUCUACCAUGGACGUCAAGCACAUCCAGUUUGAUACGUUGACCCAUUACCUGACGGAUGGCUCCAUGUCGCUUGGCCAAUUUGACCUGUUGGCAGAAACUUUGUCUGUGGCAUGCAGCAUAUAUAAAGCCAACGAGAUAGAGACCCCGGAAAUGAUUGUGAAAGCCUACCAAUAUACUACUUUCUCCAAGAUUCAAGAAUUCAUUGAAUUCCGGUCUAGAUUGGAUCAAUCUAUCCAGCAUACUUUGUUCAACAUUGACCUUGCUCGUGUCGAGGCAUUGCAGACUUCCUUUGCUGCCAAGUAUGGUGUGCAGUUCUUUGCGGAACUUGACCCUAGUGUUUAUCCGUACGAUGAUGACAAACUUUCGAAACUAUCUGACAAUCGUGAUUAUGGUGUAAUGACCGACUGCACUCCUAAGGAGGUCACAUCUAUAGAGGAACUGUCUCGUCCAUCUAAGCGAACAAAUCCAAAUUGGAUCAAGAUCCAGUCUCUCAUUUUGAGAACAAUGCAUAAUGUAUGCGAUAGCAAGUGCGAAGGUUUGGAAAUUGCCUCGGAGCUAAAGGCUGCCGUAACCAAUGAAGCGGUCAUCAAGGACGUGACUGAACAGGACGUAUUCCUUGGACGCUUUGUUGCCGAUGUUGUUGAUGGUAUCAACUAUCUCAAGAAUGCUGAAGCUAGCCAGCAACAAAAGGGAAUCGAGCUCCUGAACAGCUGUAACCUCUCUGCUUUCAUCUCAAGUCAAAAAGCAAUGACCGAUAGCACUAUCUCAUGGAACUACUUCCAUCAAACUUUAGCGGAAGUUGAGUGUGUGGUGUAUGGGUCAAUCCUUUCCGAAGUCAUCAAAAGGACGCUUUCGCUAGGAAAGAAGAAAAAAUCGGAUCCCGCUGAGACUACGGACGCAGUAAGUAUCGGGAACGAGGCGAGAGCCGCCAAAAUUUCGGUCUAAUGAUGUAUAUUUAUUUUUUAACAACCUAUAGGUCAAAGCAGCUCAGCAAUUUCAUAAUAUGGUGAAAGAUGGAUUUAUAGAACUUCAAAAGAAGACUCGCCAGAGUAAGGAUACAGUCAAACCUCAACUUCAAAAGCUGCUGUUAAAGAGAUCGACUGAACACGGUACGCUGGGAGAAUUUUACCAGACCAAGGACCACCAAAGCUUACUAUCGGAUAUUCUCAAGCGAUUGGCGAACGGAUGGAAUAGUUCAGUGCAAUCGUAUUUGGAAGAAAUUGACAAGCGAUUGCAGAAGUUUUAGAAAAGAUAUAGUUUACGUCAUAAAAAAGCUACUUUUGGGCGAUCAUUUUUCAAUCGAAAACCGAACAUUUUUUUAAUUUUCGUGCGGUAGACUCUUUAGGCUCGAAUUCUU